AUGGCCCUGACGGUGGCUAUGGCUGGUUUGUCCUCUUGGGUGCCUUCUUUGCACAGUUUACUGCGUUCGGUCCUGCCCUUGGAUGGUAAGGGUGUUAUGCAAAAUCACUAUGAAGAGGUUUUUCGAAAUGUCCCCAAUGCACAGCUUCAGCUUAGUUUCGCUGGUACUUUGAUGGAGUUAUUCGUCGACCUCAUGGGUCCUGUAUUCCAAGUUUUAUCCUCCCGUUACGGCAUUCGACCCGUUUUAGUGCUAGGCUCGUUGGUCAGUGUACUUGGCUUAGAAUUGGCUGGUUUUACUACACAGAUUUGGCAUCUAUAUCUUACGCAAGGUGUUUUGUUUGGCGCUGGCGCCUCACUUCUCUAUGUUGCCGCUAUGUCUGUACCAGCUCAAUGGUUUAAUAAACGGCGAGGUUUGGGUCUAAGCAUGGUAUCGAGCGGUGCCGGUGUUGGCGGCGUAGUUUUACCCUUUCUUGUAACAGAAAUGAACAAGAAGCUUGAUUCUGGAUGGACGUAUCGCAUUCUUGGAUUUGUCUGUCUUGCAGUAAAUGUAAUUACUUGUUUGCUGAUCAAAGAGAAAUAUCCACAGCAACCUGCAGCUGCCCAACAGAAUCUUCGUGAGAUUUUUGAUUUCGGAAUUCUCAAGGAUACAAACUUUCUCAUCUGGGUAAUCAGCACCAUGAUUUCUGUUAUGGGCUAUUUUGUACCAUUCUUUUUCUUGCCAUCGUACGCAACACAUUUAGGCUUGUCGAACUCGGACGGCACCAGUCUUACUGCUGUCAUGGCUGCUUGUACUUGUGUUGGUCGCAUCGGCAUUGGAUACAUCAGCGAUACGAUCGGUCGAAUCAAUGCAUUGAUUCUUGGCCAUAUCGUGGCCAGUUUAGCUGCAUUCUUGAUCUGGGUGUUUGCCGAUAACUUUGGAGUGUUGAUGGCGUUCGCUGUUGUUUUUGGUUUGGUGUGCAGCUCUUAUUUUGCCCUGAUGUCGCCUAUCACUGCAACCAUUGUUGGAAUCGACCGGUUCCCUACUGGUCUUUCUGUUCUUUUGCUCACAAAUAUGAUCCCAGUUUUUGGUCCAACCAUUGCUAGUGCAAUUGAAACCCGUGUCAGCUCUGAACCAUACUUCAGCUACAAAAUGUUUACUGGGGUUACAUUUAUGCUUGGUGCUAUCAUUCUGAUUUUUUUGAAGCUCAAGAUGACCAAAGCCGUCCUUUCAAAGAUCUAAUUAGAACAUGUUUUUGCAAGCACCAUCUGCCUAUCAAACUAUCCACCCACAUAACGUACUUUUGUCCACGUCUCUCCUAUAUAAUCCUAUAAGCUCCACAAUCUUUUUAUAUCGCCCAUUUCAUCCGUAUCAUCUUUUGCUGCUUCUCUGCGCUAUCUUAUUUUACCACCUGUAUUCUACUGUCAUCUUGUUCUUUUUUUUUGUUACUUUCGUCCCUUUUCCAUCCCUUAAUUUGUUCCAAUUAUGUCCUAAUCUCUCGUCAUUUUAUCAAUGUACCAUAUGUUAUCAAAUGAAAUAACAAGCGCUGCAGUGCGGAAACGUACUCUUUUUCCGAACUUCAACUUUGUUGUGGA